AUGAGCAACGAUCGAUUUACACUUUGUCUAUUAUUAUAUUCGAUUAGUCAAGUUUAUGUUGUACAUUCAGCUGCGAGUAAUUCAUUAUCCAAUUGUAAUGCGAUAGCUGCAAAGUUUAGUACAACAUAUAGUAAUGGACCUGCAGCGAGCAUAAUAUCGACAACAGGUACAAAUGUUACUUGUGCAUCAUUAACAGGUGUAUCAUGUCCGGGUAGCACAAGUUCUGGCUCAUGUGUAUUUCAACAUAAAUUAUGCAUAACCUGCUAUAUGAGUGGUUCAACUGUUAAAAUACGUGUUCAAUCCAAUGGAUUACCACUCUUCUGUCCAAAUAUACCAUCAGGUGUAACAUUAAGUGAGCAAAAUAUUGAUUUUUCAGUAAACUUUAAUCCAGAUGUGUCUGUGAAUUCACCUUAUAUCACUGUAACAACACAAACAGCCAUUGACUCUACUAUUUGUAACGUAAGUAAUCAAGCGACUCCACCAUCUGCAUCAGGUUUUACUGCAAUUUCAUCAACAAGCAACGGUAUCGCGGGUGUAUCCAUUGAUGGUGUUGCUAUUUUGAAUGCAAAUAGUGCGAAUAAUGUUGAUCCCUUUUAUCCUAGUCCAACAACUAUUGCAGCAGAACACGUUGAUCAAUGUAUGGGACACCCUAAUCCACAAAAUAUAUACCAUUAUCAUAUUGGAUCUGGAUGUGCUCUUUCUGCAUCGCAAUCAACUAGUGUUCAGGCGUGUGCGACAGUUAGUAGUUGCAUUUCUAGCAUAUCAACGUAUAGUAUAAGUCAAUUUUCAAGCUAUAAAACGUUAACUGUGAUUGGAAUAGCUAAAGAUGGACAUGUUAUUUACGGACCAUAUGACUCAUCCGGAAAUCAAAUUACAAGUGGUUAUGAUGUUUGUAACGGUGUGUUUUACGACUCGGUUGGUAAUUAUGCAUAUUUCGCAACACAAACGUUUCCGUAUAUAUUUGGAUGUUAUGGUCCAGGUAAUUAUCCGACUGUAUAUCCAAGUUGUUCAACAAAUCCGCCAACAAAAUAUACCAAAAGUAUAUAUGCUGGAAGUAACAUUAAUGGUCUCAGUAACAUAUGCUAUCUUCUGAUUAUACUCGUAUCAAUUUACAUUAGUUAA